UACUCUUUUAUUACAGUACUGUGUAGUACUAGGUCAAACAAAAGUUUAAAUGAAAAUAUAUAUUUGUGUGUUUUGUGUCAGAGUCACAGAAGCCACGCUCUUAUUUUGAAGGGGUUCCCGGAAAUGUGCUUUCGGGCGGAAACACAUAAUAAACAUCCGACUCCGUUGUUUGUGUGUAGAGAUUAUCGUUUGUGUGUGUGUUUGUGUGUGUGUUUGUGUGUGUGUCCGCUGAACAGACACACGGACACGGACACACACCACCGUGGAACUGCUUCCCGCCUCUCCGACGCUGCGGCUCCUUUUUCCCGAUCCUCUUCCAACAUGGCGACCGUCGCCAGCAAAGCUCUUCACGAGCAGCUGAGCCUCAUCAUGGCGGCUCUGACCAAGGCGGCGGUGGCGGAGAUCUGUGAGGUGGUGGACGAGGGCUACGCUCUGCUGCAGCUGGAGAUCAGCCGCCGGAACCAGGAGAACGAGGCGCUGAGGAAGAAGCUGCACCUCAUCGAGUCCAUCGUGAUCCGAGGAGCCGGAACCAGCGGCGGUACCGGAGGAGGAGGAGCCAGGGGAAAGGUGGCCGAACCCGAGGUCGUGACGGUCGCAGUGGCGGAAAUACCUCCACGGAGAAGCGGCGACGGUGGAGGAGGAGCGGUACUGAAGGAGGAGCUUCCUGAUGUGGUGCUGAUCAAAGACGAAGACUCCGACAGUGACGACGCCUUCGACGAAGAACACAGAACCUUCACGGACGGAGGCCCGGCGGUCCGGUCCGCCCGGAACAGCUGCGCGGGGAAGCGACCCAGAACGGGAAACGAUGAAACCGAAAACUCCUCGCCGUCUUCGACGUCUUCUGAACACGUCUCCCUGAAGACGUCCAAGCUGACCUCGGCGUCCCAGAAGACCACCGCGGCCGUCUACGCCCUGGAGUCGCCCCACAGAGAACCCGGCUGCUCGGGUCAGGUGGGCGCAGAGGAAACCGAGUCGCUGUGUUCCUACUCCUCGCACAUGGACCCCGGCGUCCAGGCGGUCCAGCAGCAGGACUACGCCCUGGUCUCCCCCAGCUCCAGCAGACAGACUUACUUCAGCAGCAGUUCGUUAAUGGAGUCUCCGUCCAACAGGGUGGAGGUGGACUUCGGUCUGCCCUGGACCAAACUGUCCAAAGGUUCUACACCCCUCGCUCAGUUUCAGCCAAAUGAAAACAUGGACUCGGACGCCUUUGGACUGAAGUUGAUCAGCGUCUCAGGCUCGGCGUCCACCGACGGCCCACUGUCGGAGCACAGCGACUCGGCCUUCGAGUACGAAGACAUCGACAUGUUGAGUUUCUACAGGGAGCAGUCGGCUCAGCCGGGUCAGCCGGGUCAGCCGGGCGGCGCUAGCACCAACCCGUCCCGUGUGAAGCGCUUCAUCUGUCCUGUCUGCAGCAAGACGUACGCCACGGCCCAGAACCUGGACGUCCACAUGAGGAUCCACAGGGGCGAGAAGCCGUUCGGUUGCAGCCAGUGCAGCAAGAAGUUCACGCAGUCGGCGCAUUUAAAGGCGCACCUGAGCAUCCACAGUGGAGAAAGACCUCACGCCUGCAGGCUCUGCCCCCGCAGCUUCAUCGCCAGGUACAGCCUGAAGCUCCACAUGAAGAAGCACCACCCUGAGGCAGGAGGAGCCGCACCGCUGGCGGCCAUCAUGGAGGUUCUGGCGAACACCGCGGUGGCGGAAAUCUGUGAGCUGGUGGACAGCGGCUACUCGCUGCUGCAGCUGGAAAUCUCACGCAGCCGCAGGGAGAACGAGGUGCUGCGGAGGAAACUGCGGCUCAUGGAGCUGCGAACGGCCCGUGGGACCUCUUUCAGAGCGGUCACCGCUUCUACGGGAGUCAGUGGCAACGCGAACGGCGGCGGCGGCAGAGGGCGCCCUCGAGCUCAGUCACCAGGACGCAGUCGAACCCUGACAGUGUCAGUAACGAAAAUACGUCAAAUACGGAAACGGCGGCUCAUGGAGCUGCGAACGGCCCGUGGGACCUCUUUCAGAGCGGUCACCGCUUCUACGGGAGUCAGUGGCAACGCGAACGGCGGCGGCGGCAGAGGGCGCCCUCGAGCUCAGUCACCAGGACGCAGUCGAACCCUGACAGGAGAGGUGUCGCCUCAGACGCCCCCUGCUGGCCCUGGAGCAGGCAGCUCGGCAGUGCAGCUUGCUGCAGGGGAGUCCAUCAACCUGGAGGUGGCGAUCAAGAUCGAGGAUGAGGAAGAGUUGUGGUCUAAGUCGGAACAGAGAACCAAUGAAGCCCCGCCCCCAUUCUCAAAACUCCAACAGGAAGUAGCCGCUGAAGACAACGGCCAAGACUCCUCACAGUCGUGGACGAGCGGCGAAGUUAGCUCCACCUCCACGUCUCUGCAGAAACUCCAGAGCGACGGCGACGGCGCCGCCUCGGACUGUCCGACGCACGAGACGUCAGUUCUGCACCAAGGCUCCUUUACCCACAAUCCCCUGAGUGAGGAGCCGGGCUGCUCAUAUGAGCUCAACACUGCCAUCUUGAGUUCAUCUGCAGCUCCAGAUGAUGAAGGUGACGGCGGCGAGUUCGUCGUUGGUGGAGGCGAGGCGACGAUGGAGGGGUGGAGUCAGGGGGGCGAAGUCGGCCGAGCACAGAGCGGCGAUGACGCUGCCGCGUUUGGUGGUGGGAGUUCGCGGUCGUUUGUGUGCAGCUGCUGCGGGAAAUCGCUGGCGUGCCUGAAAAACCUGAAGACGCACAUGCGCGUGCACACGGGAGAGAAACCGUACGUGUGCGCACUGUGUGGCAAACGCUUCUCUGACUCCAGCAACCUCAAACGCCACCAGAGCGUGCACACGGGCGAGAAGCGCUACAGCUGCGCGCACUGCGGGAAGCGCUUUGCUCAGUCGGGCUCGCUCAAGGUGCACAUGAGCGUUCACGCAGACUCCUCGCAGUUCCGCUGCCAGCGCUGCGGCAAGACCUUCAUUUCAGGAAUCCACCUGCGGAGGCACGCAGAAACGCACGAAAAUGGAUUCACAGGUGAGGGGGUCUGCUGAGAGCGCCCCCUGCUGCUGGAUUCAACUGAGGCGAAC